AUGGAAACCUUCCAUAUCACCGGCACGAGUGACGAUAAUCCUAAAGGACAUGAUGGCGAGAGGGAUGACACCAACACUCCUGCACAGAUGGAUGACACAAACAAUGCCGAACAACCGGCCAUUCGUACCGAACAUGAAGAAACCGAGGCUGACGCCGUUGCUUCUGACGACUGCGAUGACGACUCUGACAGUCACACGUACAAUUAUAUUGACGAUGACCAGGACGACAUCAACAACCAACAGCAGGACAGUGAGGACAUACAGGCGGCUGAUGAGGAGGGAGACACUACACAGCCCAGUAGCGAUCAACAGAGCGGCUCUCACACGACAAACAAUGCAAAUUACGUGCCUGCUGCACUUCGUCAAGAUAACAGCAACGUCUGUGUCACCUACGACCAUUGUGAUGCUACCUAUGAAGCAUGUGGAAGUUACCAGACAAGACAAGUCAACGACCAUGAAAGGUGA